ACACGCGUGUGGGUGAUUAAUACCUCACGAUGAGUUGCAACCUUCAAAUUCCUCCUCUUUUCAAAGAGAUGGUGGUUCCGUUAACAGCCGUUAGUUUUUGUUUUUUAAAUUCUCUCUCUCUCUCUCUCUCUCUCUCUCUCUCUACAUGUAUACGAAGCUCCUCUCCAAACGCCAUUUUACCUCUAUUCUCCAUCCCAAUCUCAAAGAAUCGGAAAACCCAUCUUCCCAAUCCAUAAUCAUUCAUCUCUGCAAAUCCAAUUCCCUCUCUCAAGCUAUUCGUCUCCUCAAUUCAACUGAUCCAAUCCAAAUCUCAGCAAAACCCAUCAUCUACGCCUCUCUACUACAAACAUCCACAAAAUCCCUCUCGUUUAUCUCUGGCCUCCAAAUCCACUCUUGCGUAAUCAAAUCCGGUCUCGACUCCGACCGCUUUGUUGGCAACAGCCUCCUAUCCUUGUACUUCAAGCUUUCCUCUGAUUUCUCGGACACCCGUCGUGUCUUCGACGGUCUUCUCAUCAAAGACGUUGUGACUUGGACUUCGAUGGUAUCAGGAUACGUUCGUUCUGGGGAACCUGAAAAGUCUCUCAAACUGUUUUGCGAAAUGUCAGAUUUCGGAGUUGAGCCAAACGCGUUCACUCUAUCUGCCUCAAUCAAAGCGUGUUCUGAGGUUCGAGAUGUGAGGCUUGGGAUGGGAUUCCAUGGGAAGGUAUUGGGUCGUGGGUUCGAUUCCAAUUGUGUGAUUGCCAGUUCUUUGAUAGAUAUGUAUGGGAGGAAUCUAUGUUUAGAAGACGCACGGAGGGUGUUUGAUGAAAUGGUUGAACUGGAUGCAAUUAGUUGGACUUCACUUAUUUCGGUGUUUACAAGGAAUGAUCGGUUUGAGGAAGCACUGGGUUUGUUUUACUUAAUGCAGAGGAAUUAUGGAUUAGUUUCUGAUGGUUUUACGUUCGGGACCAUUCUGACUGCUUGUGGUAAUUUGGGGCGGUUGAAACAGGGGAAAGAAGUGCAUGCUAAGGUUGUUACGGCUGGAAUUUGCAGUAAUGUCGUUGUUGAGAGCAGCCUUGUUGACAUGUAUGGGAAAUGCAAAUCAGUUGAAGAUUCUCGUCAGGUCUUUGAUCGGAUGACCAUGAAGAAUUCGGUUUCAUGGUGUGCAUUGCUUGGUGGGUACUGUCAAAAUGGUAAUUAUGAAUCCGUUCUUGGGCUCUUUAGGGAGAUGAAGAAAGAGGGAGAUCAUUACAGCUUCGGCACGGUACUUCGUGCUUGUGCCGGUCUAGCAGCCAUGAGACUAGGGAAAGAGGUUCACUGCCACUAUCUAAGGACCGGGGGAUGGAGGGAUGUGAUUGUGGAAUCGGCUCUCAUUGAUCUUUAUGCAAAGAGCGGUUAUAUCGAUCAUGCUUACCGAGUUUUUACUAAGAUUCCUGUUAGGAAUUUGAUUACUUGGAAUUCGAUGAUUUGUGGCUUUGCUCAGAAUGGUAGAGGAGAGGAAGCUCUUAGGAUGUUUGAUGGGAUGAUUAAGGAAGGGAUUAGACCUGAUUAUAUUAGUUUUAUCGGUGUUCUUUUCGCUUGUAGCCAUUCGGGUUUUGUUGACAGAGGGCGAGGGUAUUUUAUAUCAAUGAAGGAAGAUUACAGUAUUAAAGCCGGGAUCGAGCAUUACAAUUGCAUGGUUGAUCUUCUUGGCCGAGCAGGGCUACUCGAAGAAGCGGAAGAUUUGAUAGGGAAGGCAGAAGAUUUUGGGGAUGAUUCAUCUCUUUGGGCAGCUCUUCUCGGUGCGUGCACAGCACAUUCAAACAUGGGUGUAGCCGAGCGCGUGGCGAAGAAGAUGAUGGAACUGGAGCCAGAUUACCAUUUGAGCUACGUCCUUCUUGGCAAUGUAUAUAAGGCAGCUGGUCAGUGGGGUGAUGCUCUGAAGAUAAGAAAGCUGAUGGAAAAUAGAGGGAUAAAGAAAACGCCAGGGAAGAGCUGGAUUGAAGUUAAAAGCAAUGUCGGUUCUUUUCUACAUCCUACUAAUUUGGUUCCAUUAAAGGAAGAGAGUCCCUUAGAUAUCAAGGGUUUGAAUUCAAGGGUGAGGAGAGAUGGAUGUGGACCAGAUGUAGUCCAUGAAACUGAUAAGCGAGCUAUAGGCGACUAACAGUGUGAUCUCGGGCAAGGAUAGGAAGGUUUGGAGAUGGGUGGCUAACAAGAUUUUCACUUUGAAUUCUGUGUUUAGGCAAUUUGAGCGAAUGGCGGGCAUUUGUAUCCUUUAGCAAAAAC